GCCCUAAUUUAUACAGAGGCCAUAUUACAGUAAAUGUUGCACGGCCAACUCAAACAGCAGAUUUACCAUGCAGCGCCUAUAAGGCUAAGCAGUGAAUGAAUGCAUCUCAGGAAAAACUACAAGUCCCAUUCUGCAACCUGGUUGGUGUAUGACGCCAUGAUCUCUGCAGCUCGUUUGUGCUGGCUUUUUGCGAAGCGAGAAACGACGCGGAGAUGUCUGGGCUAAAGAAACCAACAUAGUCUUCUGCAGGGAAUUCGUUUUACAGACAUGGUUGAACCUCCAGCCGUGGCAGGAACCAAGUCGGUCAUGGAGCGCUUGACACAGCCAGUGGAGACAGUUGAACAAACAGUAGAAGUUGAGGAACAACCAAUACUUACAGGUGAACAAUACAUGGAAACUGAUGAACAAUACAUGGAAACAGUGGCAACUGAAGAACAACCAAUGAGUGAACUGCUACCUGUCACAGAAGAGGCUUUGGAGUGUGUCUCAGACCCCACUGCUUCUACGGAGAUAAUUCUUGAACUAUCCGCUGUUCCUCUAGAGUCUGCUGCUCCUGAAGAGUCGGAACUGGGCCAACCUGAGGGUGCACAGAAGGAGACCCAUGUGAAUGAUGUGGCCGCUGGUGACAGAAAAAAUAUUCCCCCCAAGAAGAACAGAAUGGAGCCACUCAAGAUGGACAUGUCUAGGCCACCAAAAAUGGUGACGCCUCUCACAUCUUCCCAGAUCUCUCUGCAGUGCCUGCAGUGUCACAUCAUCUUCAGCGACCACAAGAGCAAAGAGCGACACCUCAAGCAGAGUCACCCGGCAGAGUACGAGCAAUGCAUGCUGGGUGAUGCCCUGUUUGCCUGCUACGUCUGUGACCGCCAAUUCACUAACUCCAGUGACCUCAUGCUUCAUCAGCGUGCACACACGGAAAAGACGCCCUUCAAGUGCCCCAUCUGUGGUGAAGCCUUCAGCCGUUCCUCUGAGCUCACCCUCCAUAAGAAGCUUCACUUCGGCCUGUACGGAUACACCUGCUCAGACUGUGGAAAACCCUGCAAGACACUCACCUUACUGAAGUAUCACCGCCGCACGCACACAGGGGAGAGGCCCUAUGCGUGUAAGGAGUGUGGCAAGAGGUUUAGCAUGUCCAAGGCCCUCCAGAAACACGCACUAGCGCAUUCGCCGGAAGGAAUGAAAGGAGAAGUUGGAGGGAUCACACCACCGACCAAGGCACAGCUAAAGAAGAAUAGUGGCACUGCAGUGGUAAAAUUUUCCUGCUCUGUGUGCAAGGCAACCUUCAAGACUGCCAAGACACGGCUGCAUCACAUGAAACACAAGCACAACCUGUGUGUUAUAGCAUCCAGCAGCAGCAGCAGCAUCACACUAGCUGGCCAACAGGUGAAGCCAGGUCAGCCUAUCAUAACCCAGGUUCCUAUGGGCCAGCCAACCUUUCUCCACAUGGAACCCCUUGGGCCCUUCCAGCAGGUAGACAACAUAGGCACUGAACAAAUCCGGAAACUAAUAGAGUCUUUGGGGAACGUGCGCAAAGUGAACCAGGUGGUGAUACUGGGACAGGUGCCGCCACACGGUCAACCUUUGGAGCUACAGCGGCUACAGGGAAAGCGAGAGCAUUUGCAAUUCCGUUUUACUCAACCACAGUUUAUAGAGCUGAAAAAGAUUGGGGGUGGAGAGACUAAGUCAAUGGGACUGGAACAGGCAAAGCCACAAUGUGAAUCGCUGGAACCAAUUAUUACAUUGGAACCUGUAAUAUCAGAUGGACAAAUGGAGACCCCAUUACUUUCACACACACAGGAAGUUACAUACGCUGAGCAUGAUGGAUUAACACAAACACAUGAAGGAGAGAUGAUUCCUCAGCAGUUACUUGGACAGACAGUUGAAGAAGAGAACACUAUGAUUCAGACUGUAUCAGUGGAACAGGUGUUCUGUCACAGUGAAACAGUUGAGCUCGGGAAAACAACUGAACAAAGUCAAACGGUUGUGUUCGAAGUCACUCCCUCACUGAUACCAACUCUGGAAUUGGAACAGACUCAAACCGAUCAACAAGGACUUAUGUCUGCUUCCUCGCUACCAACAUUUCUAUUUGAACAGACUUCUGGACAGAAUCAAAGGGUUCAGGAGGGAAAUAUCUCUGUCCCGUCGCUCAUACCAACAUUUGAGUUAAAGCUGACUCCAAUUAAAACUGAUCAGCAGGAAGAACUCUCCACUUCCUCAUUGGUACCAACAGUUAAGUUUGCACAAACUCCUCCUGGACAAACAACCCAGGUAGGAGAAACAGCCACACAGAUGGAAGCAUUACAGUUGGAUCAGAUCUAUUCCAGUAUUGGACAGACACAACAGACAGGAAUAGGACAGCGAAGAUCAGUUGAGAAACCUCUUCUAGAAAACACAGAGAAUGAGCAGCAGCACAUUUUGGAAAAGCCUUAUGAAGGAAAGAAACAGACGGCACAAGAGCAGUUGCAGACACUGAUAGACACGUCUGCUUCUAACGACGCACUAAACAGCAGAGAGAUGCCUCGCACUCAGACGUCAGAAAUAUUCCCUCCGCCGUCAGAGACAAAGAAGGCGCCACAGAGUUCACAACUGCCUGUGCAUUUGAUGUCAGUACAAGAAUUUGUAAAAGUGAGGAAGAGAAAGCAGCCAAAUAACUCUAUAAUGCAAGGAAAUAUGCAACCGCAGACGGUUGAGUUGAAAGGGGAGCCUGCCAAACGACCAAGAGCAACGAAAGCUCAUCUUGUUGUGAAGUUUGGUCCUAAAGAGAAAGAAAAGCUUAACAAGCAGAAGAAGCUUCCACAACCAUCUAAGCUGCUUCAGAAAGGAGACCCCAUUCAGGAUAUGAACCAAAUGUCUCUCACAACUCUACCUGAAAAGAAAUUCUUCUUAAAGGUUGGUAAAGAAAAAAAGGUCAAGAAGAAAAAGUAUAUUUCCAAGUCAAAAAUCAAAUCCCCAACUAUAUUGUGUGACCCACAUGUGCAGCAAGUCUUGCACGUAGACGAGCAGGUUCAGCAAGUGAAGCCGAGGAAGAAGAAAGUAAAAAAGCAAAACUAUGUAAUUAGUGAGACUUUUGAGCAGAUUAGAGCUGAACCGAUUAGUGAGCAAGAGGUGAUCACUCCACCCAAGCCAAAAAAGAAAAAGCAGGAGAAGAUACAGCAGGAGGACCAGUCUAAGAAAACAAAAGGGCAAAAGCUGUCAAAAACAGGGAGAAAGAAAAAGAAACCUAAUGUGGAAACAAGCCCAAUAUCAGAAGAUAUGCCCGACCCUGAAAUAAAGCAACAGUCCCUACUCCUACUGAAGGGUCACAAACAGCCCCAAUUGAAAGUUUACAAAUUAGAUGCCUCAAAAGCCCCCCAAGGUCAAACAGAUCUCCACCAAGACACCCAUCCCAUCCAUAAGAAGAAAGGGCCAAAAAGCAAACAACUAAAAAUGCUAGCUGCUGGAGGGGGAAGAAAAGUAGGGAGACCCAAAAAGAACCACACAGCACUCUCUGUGUUGGCUCCUUUAAAGACUAUGUCUCAUUCUUCUGACACAUCUCCAACCAAGCCAAAGACCAGCAGGAAACGUAAGGCCCAAAAAGUGGAGACAGAGGGGAUCAUCAGUGGUUCUCAUUCCCGGCGAGCCCUUGAAUGUAAGGACUGUGGAGAGAGAUUCUCUGACGUCUCGUCCCUCCAGGAGCACAAGGCAGCCCUGCAUGCAGUGGAGAGCCCUGGUCUCACCUACACUAACGGCAACAUCUUUGAGGGCGUUUCUAGGUCAGAUCUAGGCCAGCCUCCACUAAAUGUGACUGAAGAGGUCAUUGAAAAUUCAUUGCAUCAAAACACGUUUGGAAUGCAGGUAGCAUCUGACUGGGAUAUGGAGGUGGAGAUGAGAGAGAUAGGGUUGGGAGAAAGAGGGGAGCGAGUCUUUCCCAGCCCUAAACCCUUCCCCCUCUCUGCCUCUGGCUGCUGCGCUUGUUGA